CCUCUAAAUUGUUUACAUGUAUCUAGCGAAAAUCUUUUACAAGAAUUGUCUUAUAUUUAUAUAAAUGGCAGCUAGACAAUAUCAUCUUAAGUUCGGACCAUCAGCAGCCGCUUCGGUUGACGCGUAUGCUGAGUAUAAAAGGAUAGUUGGGGAUGAUGAUGGAGGAGUCUUGUUUACACCUGAACAAUAUGAAGCAUACAAAAAGAGAGUCAUCCCAAUGAGAAUGAAGAACAGAAUUUUCACUUGCUGGAUUAACCCAGAGGGUAUGGAUUGUAAACUAGUAGGGCCUGAGACACUUUGCUUUUGCAAUCACAGAUACAGACAACAUAAAACAGAUUUUGAGGUCCUCCCACAGGACCGUCCCAUCCUGUUACCCUGCAAGGUCAAAGGUUGUGGCUGCUACUCCUACGAAUACGUCCCACUGAAUGGAAGUCAGUCCAUCCGAUGUACAUGUAAACACUUCACCGAGGAGCACACAGCCAAAGCCCCACACAAGUGUAAAAGUGGCAAGUGUGGUUGUACCGGAUUCCACAGCUCCUUCACAUGUGGUUGUGGAAAUCCCUACUCAGCUCAUGAGAUGCUGAUCGAGACUAAGGAUGAGAGGGUAGCCCGGGGUCAUCCCGUGGGUCAGGACGUCCCUUACCAGGCCAUGGGAGGGAUCACUGGCUUCUCCUCACUAAUGGAUGGGUAUAUGAGACUGGAUCCAAGUGGCAUAGGAGCGCCCUCUAAGGAGUUUCUGGAACAGCCAAUCACAGCCUCCGAUCAUCCAUUCCUGAGAUCCAAUGUACAGUCCAUAAAACACCAUAAAAUGAUGCAAAGAGCCAGUAAAGGUAAGCCUACUGACAAAGAAGUUGAUGAGGAUUUGGCAGAAAGAAUGUCUGCAAUGAAGAAACCAGGAGAAACAGACAUGGAUUACUAUGAGAGGAGAUACCAAGAGAGGCAAAAAGCAGAACGUGAGCAGAGUAGAGCCAGAGUUCAGGCAACAAGGCAACUGGCCAUCGGCAAACGUAACCCAGCACCAUCAAAAAUGGCAAAAAAGUGAUCAGCAACUGAUAAGUGAUAUAU